GGGGUAGGUGGCUGCUGACCCAGCCCGGCCCCAGCUGCCCUCUGCCCUGGGUGCUCGGUCGGAACCGGCCGGGCACGGCUGGGCAGGGUGAGCGCCGCGGCCGGGGGGUCCGGAGGCGAAGAUGGCGGCAGGCAGGAGCGCCCCGCGCACCGGGCUGUUGGAACUGCGGGCGGGGGUGGGCUCCGCGGCCGGCGGCGAGCGGUGGCAGCGGGUGCUGCUUGGUCUGGCGGAGGACGCGCUGACUGUGAGCCCCGCCGACGGCGAGCCCGGCCCCGAGCCCGGCGCCCCGCGGGAGCCCGAGCCCGCGCAGCUCAACGGCGCUGCCGAGCCGGGCGCGGCGCCCCCACAGCUGCCGGAGGCGCUGCUGCUCCAGCGGCGCCGCGUGACGGUGCGCAAGGCUGACGCCGGUGGGCUGGGCAUCAGCAUCAAAGGGGGCCGGGAGAACAAGAUGCCCAUUCUCAUCUCCAAAAUCUUCAAGGGGCUGGCAGCUGACCAGACGGAGGCCCUCUUUGUGGGGGAUGCCAUCCUGUCUGUGAAUGGGGAAGACCUGUCCUCUGCCAGUCAUGACGAGGCGGUGCAGGCCCUCAAGAAGACAGGCAAGGAGGUGGUGCUGGAAGUCAAAUACAUGAAGGAGGUCUCGCCAUAUUUCAAGAACUCUGCCGGUGGGACCUCGGUUGGCUGGGACUCUCCUCCUGCCUCACCCCUUCAACGGCAGCCUUCCUCCCCUGGCCCCCCACCCUGGGACCUCAAUGAGGCCAAACAUGUGUCCUUGAAAAUGGCAUAUGUCUCGAGGAGGUGCACCCCCACUGACCCGGAGCCGAGGUAUCUGGAGAUUCGUUCGGCCGAUGGCCAAGACACCCUCUUCCUCAGGGCCAAGGAUGAGGCCAGCUCGAGGUCAUGGGCAGCUGCCAUCCAGGCCCAGGUCAACGCUCUGACGCCCUGGGUUAAGGAUGAGCUGCAGGCACUCUUGGCAGCAACCAGCACAGCUAAGAGCCGGGACAUCAAGCAGAUUGGCUGGCUGACUGAGCAGCUGCCCAGUGGGAGCACGGCACCCACCCUGGCCUUGCUGACUGAAAAGGAGCUGCUUCUCUACUCCUCUCUCCCCCAGACCCGUGAGGCUCUGAGCCGGCCGGACCGUGCUGCCCCACUCAUUGCCACCAGGCUGGUGCACUCAGGCCCCGCCAAGGGCUCGGUGCCCUACGAUACAGAGCUCUCUUUUGCCUUGCGCACGGGCACACGACACGGUGUGGAUACUCACCUGUUCAGUGUGGAGUCACCACAAGAACUGGCUGCCUGGACCCGCCAUCUGGUGGAUGGCUGUCACCGGGCUGCUGAGGGUGUGCAGGAGGUGUCUACAGAUUGCACAUGGAAUGGCCGUCCCUGCAGCCUCUCUGUGCAUAUUGACAAGGGCUUCACACUGUCGGCGGCCGAGCAAGGUGUGGCCCGAGCCGUGCUGCUCCGGCAGCCCUUCGAGAAGCUGCAGAUGUCCUCGGACGACGGUGCCAGUCUCCUUUUCCUGGACUUCGGGGGUGCUGAGGGCGAGAUUCAGCUGGACCUGCACUCAUGUCCCAAAACUAUGGUCUUCAUCAUCCACUCCUUCCUCUCAGCCAAAGUCACCCGCCUGGGACUCUUGGCCUAGAGGUCACCAGAUGCACUAGCCUUGAAGAGGGGACACCUGCCAUAUGGCCUGAACUGGCCCUCCACUGACUGCCUGCUUACCCCUGGGCUGAGGGAAGGGAGAGAAGAAGAAGAGCCGCAGAGACCCAGCCCGAGGGAGGCUGAGAUGGUCUUGGGGACUGGGACCCAGACCCAGGACACAGUGGCCCCAGCCCACUGACCCCACCAGUGCCUUUUGCAGAGAGAUAUUUUGUGUACACAGAAGCCAUUCCAAGCCUGGGAACUGCCCCUGUGGGGAGCCUAACUCCAGCCAUCAGCUGCCGGGCCUCCCAGAGGCCCCUACGCUAUCCCCAGAGGCCCCCUGUGAAGCUGGGGUUCCUUGGGGUCAGAGGCAAGAGAAAGAGGAGGAGCCUUUCUGUUCAUUUUUCCCCUUAGCCCCACCACUCUGGGGUAUCUGGUUUUUCUUUUCUCUUUCCUUCUUACUCUUGGGUAAAUAAACAGCCUGUGAGCACACAGGCAGCCUGGCAAG